AUGAUGGGAGCCUUUCCAGUUUUUGAGGCCCUUGCAAAGCUGCCGGAGCCUUGCAAGCCAGAGAGCCUUGGCAUGGAUAUACUUCACAGCGUUUGGGCCGUCCAGCCCGAGGAGCAUGCUUUGGACGAAGAGCCCUGCAAUCCAGAGGCAGACCUCAUCGCCACGGAAGGCAAGCAGUCGCGCAUGCCACCGAUGCUCGAGGAAACGAUGGAUUGUGUGACGACGGAGAUGCUGGGACCGAUUCACGGCAACGAGGGAUUGUGUGACGACGGAGAUGCUGGGACCGAUUCACGGCACUCCUUCUUCUCACGGUCAAGGGAACAAGGGAUUGUGUGA